ACUCCAUUCGUCGUACUUUUAAUUCGAACGUGGUGUGCUCAGAUUUUUCUGGUUGUCUUAGAACUUUAAAGCAUUUAUUGAGUUUUUGUGUUUUGCACGUUUUAGUGUACUGACAUUGGCAUUUAAUACUUCUUAAUAAAUACUUUGAAAGCUUAUUUACGACAGAGAAAAACAAAACAACAUGCUUCGCUUACCACUCAGACUUGCUCGCGCAAACAUUCAGCGGCAAUUGUUUGUCCGCAGCUAUGCAAAGGAUGUGAAAUUCGGACCCGAGGUGCGUGCAUUGAUGUUGCAAGGUGUUGAUGUUCUUGCUGAUGCUGUGGCUGUUACUAUGGGUCCAAAAGGACGUAAUGUUAUUAUUGAGCAAUCUUGGGGUUCACCAAAAAUAACCAAGGAUGGUGUAACUGUUGCUAAAUCUAUUGAGUUAAAGGAUAAAUUCCAAAAUAUUGGUGCAAAACUGGUUCAAGAUGUUGCUAAUAAUACAAAUGAGGAAGCUGGUGAUGGUACAACCACAGCUACAGUAUUAGCGCGGGCAAUUGCUAAAGAAGGUUUUGAAAAAAUCUCCAAGGGAGCUAAUCCAGUGGAAAUCCGCCGAGGUGUUAUGUUGGCUGUAGACAAUGUUAAAGAUCAUUUAAAGGCAAUGUCCCGCCCAGUUAGUACACCAGAAGAGAUUGCGCAAGUCGCAACUAUUUCUGCGAAUGGAGACCAAGAGGUUGGAAAUCUGAUUAGCGAAGCUAUGAAAAGAGUUGGUCGCGACGGUGUUAUCACAGUUAAGGAUGGCAAAACACUAUUAGAUGAAUUAGAAGUAAUUGAGGGCAUGAAAUUUGACAGAGGUUAUAUUUCUCCAUAUUUCAUCAACUCCUCUAAGGGAGCUAAAGUAGAAUUUCAAGAUGCUUUAAUUUUGUUGUCUGAAAAGAAAAUUUCUUCAGUGCAAACCAUUAUCCCCGCACUUGAAUUGGCUAAUUCUCAACGUAAACCGUUGGUCAUAAUUGCUGAAGAUAUUGAUGGUGAAGCCUUAAGCACACUUGUUGUGAAUCGACUUAAGAUUGGUUUGCAAGUCGCUGCCGUCAAAGCACCAGGUUUCGGUGAUAACCGCAAAUCUACACUUACUGAUAUGGCAAUUGCAUCUGGUGGCAUCGUUUUUGGUGACGACGCAAAUUUGGUUAAACUUGAAGAUGUGCAAAUAAACGAUCUUGGCAAAGUUGGUGAAGUUGUCAUAACCAAGGAUGACACCUUACUACUUAAGGGAAAAGGCAAGAAGGAAGAUAUUAGUCGCCGUGUUGAACAAAUUAAGGAUCAAAUUAAUGAAACUACAUCUGAAUAUGAAAAGGAAAAAUUGCAGGAACGUUUGGCACGUCUAGCUUCUGGAGUAGCAUUGUUGCGUGUCGGUGGAUCAAGUGAAGUAGAAGUAAACGAAAAGAAGGAUCGUGUACAUGAUGCGCUUAACGCUACUCGCGCUGCUGUAGAAGAAGGUAUAGUUCCUGGAGGUGGUACUGCUCUAUUGAGAUGUAUUCCAAUUUUGGAGGGUCUCAAGGGAUCUAACGAAGAUCAGAAUAUGGGUAUCGAGAUUGUGCGUCGCGCUCUUCGAAUGCCUUGCAUGACAAUUGCUAAAAACGCUGGCGUUGAUGGUGCAAUGGUUGUAGCUAAGGUUGAAACAAAAGAAGGAGAUUUUGGAUAUGAUGCACUUAAGGCUGAAUAUGGAAACUUAAUCGAGAAGGGCAUUAUUGAUCCAACGAAGGUUGUUCGCACUGCUAUCACUGACGCUUCUGGUGUAGCUUCCCUUUUGACCACAGCUGAAGCAGUUGUUACCGAAAUUCCAAAGGAAGAGGCUGCUCCCGGUCUUGGUGGAAUGGGCGGUAUGGGCGGCAUGGGUGGUAUGGGUGGAAUGGGAGGAAUGAUGUAAAAUCUCUUCUAUUAUAAAUGAUUUCCAUUGUUAAAUAUGUUUACAUGUUAUAUAUGUAAAAUAAUUAUAAACUAGUUUUAAAUACUGACCAAUUAUAAAUUAGUGUCAUCGAA